AUGCUGCCCAUUCAGCUGCAGAAGGUGCCAACCACACUCGAGCUUAACUACGGAGCAGAGGUCAGGAGACGUCUUUCUGGUCGGUCAGGCACCAACUUGUGCAAUAACGAGUCUAGUCGGGUGGCCAUACUGUGUGCUGGGGAGGCCGGAGUUGUCACACAGUCUGCGCUGUCCAAAGAGUCCAUUUCCUAUCUGCAGAGCUUCGACGCAUGGGGCAGUGAGGAGAUGGCUGCGUAA